UAGCAACACCAUCUAGUGUGAUGGAGUAUGACAGACACCAUCUAGUGUGAUGGAGUAUGAUAGCGACACCAUCUAGUGUGAUGGAGUAUGACAGACACCAUCUAGUGUGAUGGAGUAUAAUAGCGACACCAUCUAGUGUGAUGGAGUAUGACAGGCACCAUCUAGUGUGAUGGAGUAUGAUAGCGACACCAUCUAGUGUGAUGGAGUAUGACAGACACCAUCUAGUGUGAUGGAGUAUAAUAGCGACACCAUCUAGUGUGACGGAGUAUGACAGACACCAUCUAGUGUGAUGGAGUAUAAUAGCGACACCAUCUAGUGUGAUGGAGUAUGAUAGCGACACCAUCUAGUGUGAUGGAGUAUAAUAGCGACACCAUCUAGUGUGAUGGAGUAUGACAGGCACCAUCUUGUGUGAUGGAGUAUGAUAGCGACACCAUCUAGCGUGAUGGAGUAUGACAGGCACUUUUCACUCCUAUACAUAUUGAAGGAAGCUGUUGAAUUACAUUGGGUCCCUUACACUUUUGUUUUUAGUAUUAUAAAUGAUAUGCAAAAAUGACAUAUUGAUAAGACGUCCACUACAAGUAUUUUUCGAUGGAUAACUAAUUGUUAACUUUCACCCUGGGUACACAAUAAUAUACAUUAUCGUGCACAGCUGCAGCGGUGGCAUGUCCGGUAGGUUCACCAGUGCACGGUUUUUCCACUGGCUCAGUAGCACUCUCCACCACCAGCCAGCCUUUACAAGCGCCAGUGUAGUCACAGUUCAUGUCAGAACAUUAUCAUACAUGCUUAACACUCCUAUGAAAACGAGAGGAAGCCAAUAUACUGGUUUAUAUUAAGUGUGGUGUGUGUGGUUAGUCUGGCACAUCCUGUGAACAACACUCCAUGUACUGCUCCGGAGCAAAAGAAUCGUCUGGACUUUCUUCAUUUACAUUUAUUCCAAUGCUGUCUAAUUCCCACAAUUUAUGCACUGGCUCAACACCAUCCUCUAUGGAAGAAUUAUGCUGGGACACUUGCGGCGCUGAUCCCACAUACUUCCAUGAUACAAGGAUCUCUGCACUCCUACUUGUGGAGCUGAUCCCACAUACUUCCAAGAUACAAGGAUCUCUGCACUCCUGUAGCAAGAAGUAAUAAAUACACUUAAAUAAGAACCUCAAAGUUUUACCCAAUUAUGUAUUAUUAUUUAAUAUACGAGAGGUAAACAGAGACUAUGAUUACAUCCCGUGUUACUCAUGAUGGUCCUGGAGAGGCUGAUCUUCGUUACUUCAAAUUGUACAAAGUGCUAGUCACUGAGGGACGCAAUACUCUUUACUUAAUAUUUCUCUGGGGGUGUAAUAGGGAUUUGACUAAAUCUCUAAAGCAGAACCUAAUAGAUAAAGGACUAACUAAGAGAGACUUUAAAAAUAUGUUUAGAGAUUCCACAAUGAGAGAUAAAAUAGACAGCAAUCCUUCAGGGGAUGAGUUUGAUAUUGCUUUGUUGUAUGCUUGUAUUGAAAAUACCUGCAUUAAUCUUGCUCCCAAAGGACAAGACGACUGGAUAGCGGGAGAUAAUACAAAAUUGGAGUCUGUUUGCAAAUCCAUUAAAAACUUCAGGAACGAAUUUAUUCAUUCACCGCCUAGCAUUCCUGAUGAUGGAGAAAUGAAUACUAUACUUCAAAAGCUUCAAGAACAUCUAGAGAACGCUAUUAAGUUAGGAGGAGACUACUACGGUCGCCAGUCAGAGGUUGACAAUAACAUUCAGCUAAUGCGUGACAACAUUGCUAAAAUAAUGAAUAGUGUAUCUUUGGAUAUUGACAGUAUUCACCGAUAUCAAAAUGAACUAAAAGAACUGAGGAGCAAGCAAAAAAAUAUAGUAUGUGAAACGGGAAAAAAUGAACUUUUUUCAAAAUAUAAGAAUUUAUCUAAGGUUGAUCCAGCAUCAUUUAUUUCUGGAAGAAAUACACUGCAGGUUUCCAAAGUUUUUACUCGGCUUGAAGUAGCGCGAAACCAAGUCAACAAUGCCAGUUAUUCUGAAGAUGUAGAUUAUGAAACUCUGUUGGAACUAAGAACAGAAGAUGGAAGUAUGCCAGUAAUUACCCUGGUGGAAGGAGAGGCUGGUGCUGGUAAAACAACCUUGGCAAAACUAAUUCUUGAUAAAUGGAUGAGUCUCAAGACCUCUGGGAUAUCACACACCUUUCACGGGCUCCAUAAUUAUGAUCUAGUCCUUUAUACUGAGGCUAGGAAUCGGAAUAUAUCCAGUUUCAUAGCUUUGCUCUCAGUGCUAAUGUCGCAAGCAUCGUAUAACUUACAUGAUGAAGAUUUACUAAGAUCUGUACUUGAUCUCAAGGUUUUGCUUAUACUCGAUGGAUUAGAUGAGUUAAAUACAGCCUCUAAAAAAUUGCUAAAAGAAUUAUUUGAUAAACAUGUACCAAGAAGCAAUGGUAAGCUUCGCCUCUUGAUUACCACUAGGCCAAAUAUGCUUCCUGAAAUACCCAGCUUACUUCACAACCAACUCAGGGUACACACCAGGCUCAAAGGAAUCACACAGGAAAACAGAGUUGAGUUUAUCAGAAAACUUCACGAAGAAAUGAUCAACAAUAAACAAAGUAUUCAAAGUACAGAAAAAUUAGUUGACUUCAUGAAGCAGUCAGAGACACGACUUAGUGAGCACUUCCGUUUACCACUAAACUUGACUCUCUUGACAUACUUGUGGGCCUCUGAUCCAGAACAUGUCAACUCACUGACAACAGCCACAGAUCUCUAUAUUUCUUUGAACAAGCUGAUUAAAUCCCGCUUGUUGACAAGGCUCAAAGAAAAUAACGGUGUUGUUACGCUUCCUUCAGAUAAGCUAGAAGAAAAAUGUGAUGAGUUCUUGAAAACAUUAUACCAAGUGUCCUUAGAAACCCAUUCUCUCGGGCACAUACAGCUGUCCUUUGAGUCAACCAAAAUUCUGCGCGACAAGUGCAAGGAGCUGGAGUUACCUUGUGAUGACAUGUUUUCUGCCUUUCUUGCUGUGGAAAAUGAAUGGACUGCUUAUGGCUACAAGAGUGAUCUCUUCGUUCCACACAAGAGUAUAAUGGAAUUUUAUGCUGCUAAUAAAAUUUUAUUUUAUUUAACUGAAAACAAUGAUGAGGAAGCUGUACAAAAAGCAGUACAAGAUAUGGGUCAAAAACUUAAUGUAUCUCAAGAAAUGCUUGAAUCAUUUCAGGCUAGUAUUUUGAAAGAGAAAAAAACACAUAAAUCACUGAAGGACGCAAUGAAAAAUCUUGGAAUUGACUUAAAUUCAGUCAAAUUAUCUGAUUACCAGAAUGUGUUCUUGCACCUAAGUGGACUUUUGGCUCAUAAAUAUUCCACUGUCUUAGAAAAGUACGCAGAAGAACUGGUGGAUUUACUAAAAAAUGCAAAAUUGAAGGAAGCUCAGUGGCUGGACCUGGUAGUGGAGACCAAGUGUGACGACAAAAUGGCCGCCCUCAUUGCUCAUGAGAUUAAACUGCAACUUGUAGUUCGUGAUGGUCACACUGGAGCAGCACUCAAGAUGUUUGAUUAUUUGGAACCGAAUGUUCCUGUACAAAUAAUCCUGGAAAAUGAGGUUCGUUACAUCCCCCAACUGAAUGAACUUCUGGAUGAUCUUUCUAGAAGGGAGUGUUUUGUUCAGCUUAUUCUGAAGCACCAGUGGAAACACAACCAGUAUGGCACCUCUGAUUCUCUCCUUCAACGUUUGGUCAACGAAACAGGAAAUUCAGAAUGCCGAGUGUCACACUUCACAGGGAAUUUGCGAAGUCUUGCAGAGAUUCCUGUGACCAUAACACAUCUGCGCAUCACCCUAGUGAACGAUAAACAAGCUACAGUGAUCUGUGAGGAGCUGAUUAGAUUGGUCAAGAAACAGAAACUUGACUAUCUAGGUGUGCACGUGAUGAAAGAAGUGUCACCUAAAGCCUUAAUCCCACUGCCAGUGGUGAAGGCUAAAGUUAAUGAAUGUGAGACACUGUGGUUGUCUGACGUGAAGGAUGACCAGGUGGACAAGGCUUGUGUUGUCAUCCGUGCACUCCUCCCACCACAAGGGCAGUACCAGAGUAUCAUGUUCCCUCGAAGCAGCAUACAUGUUAACAAGUGUGAGGAACUGUUGAGUGAGCUGGCGAGGCUGGAGGUGCGGGUCAAGGACAAGGGUGGGAUCCGCCUCUCGUCUCCUGCCAUUGAUAACAACCGGUUGUACGAACUUAAGGAACUAGCCCACCAGAAGCUUAAUUGUGAAUUUUACUGUAGUGACGAGUUGAGUAUGUGGUGACGAGGCUGCAACACUACAGAGUACCACGAGGAACCUGGCGUCUUUACUGCUCACCUGCUGUCUACUCUCUUGUUUACCUCAGCCAUAAUAGCAUAAUAAGCAGCGUACCUGGUAACCCACCGAUACAACUAUUUAGUAUGAGUUAUAAGAGUCGGUUACUUUCCUUGUGGACCGGUAACAUUACUGUGCCAAUACCCAAACCUAACCAACAUAAUGUCUUUCGCCCUCUCUCAUUGAUUAACUGUGUAAAACACUGAUAGGAUUGUACAUAAAAGAUUACUAUACAGAAUUAAAGAACACAUGUCUUCCAUUAUUAUUGGAUUCACAUAAGGUUGUACCAAGUUGCCACAAACGUGAACCUUGGGAACGCCGCAACGCACAAAUACACGAGAUUCUUCUCGAUAAUUCAAAUGCUUUCGAUGUUGCAAAUAGAGAAGUCAUAUUGUAUGAACUAGCUAAAAUGGACAUUGGUGAUCUACUUUUACAGUUGAUAUUAUUUUGGGUUGUAAGAGGCGACUAAGAUGCCGAGAGAAAGGGGCUAGUAACCCCUUCUCCUGUAUACAUUACUAAAUAUAAAACAAAUAGCUUUUCUUUUUAGGUUACCCUGCCUCGGUGGGAUACGGCCAGUUCGUUAAAAAAAAAUGGGUAUCGUACUAACUGAAACUGCUGCAUUGUUUCGGGGAUACAAAAGUGAAACUAAAGAAAUGCUACUUGGCACUCCCCAAGGCGGUGUAUGAAGUCAUACGCUGUUUAAUACAUUAAUCAGCGCCCUACUUAAAUCUAUAUCAGAUACCCCCAGCAGUAUCUCCCACAGGAUGGGUAAGGGGUGCAUAAUGAAGAUAUUAAACUAACCGACGAUAUUCUUGACCAUACUAAAGUGCAGCGUGAAAUGCAAAUAUUCCAAUCAUAUACACAAACACACUGUGACAAUUUUGGUCUUAUCAUUUCUGUAGAAAAGCCCUUCCUCUCGUAUAUAUAUACUGGCUCCCUUACCUUCAUGUGUUAAUGUUUCACUAGUUAAUGCUCAGAGUCCGACCGGAACGUCGACAAGUUUCUCCUAUCUGCGAGUUAUUGUCUGGGGUAACCGUAACCAUCAAAAUUAAAAGUUAAUGACAGGUCUGUUGAUUAUGUAGAUCUAUUGAUUAUAUGACCUAUAAAUAUCUAAUUAUUACUGUUCAGUAUACACUAACAGUUGCGAAUAAAAUUAACCAACAAUGUAUAGACAGUUGAAGCUGUCAGAACUGUUGUAGGGUACAGUCUUAACUGGUACAAAUGUUUGAGUUGCAAGAAUGAUGCGUUUAGUCCUACAACACAGUAGUGCCAGUGAAAGACUUCAAGAACACUAAACGAAGCCCCUCUGAAUUAUUCUUGGCUUUUCUAUAAUCACCAAAAUAUUUAAUAUGAGGAGAGAACUAUGUAUAUACCUAGUGUUGCUGAUAGAAUACGUGAAACCCGUAUCAUGCUAUGACUGAAGCUGCUGUCUGGUAAUCAAAACAGUGUUGUCUCUACAUAAUUGCUAAAACACAUCAUUCAUGGGAAAAGUUAAUAAAGAUGGAUUCAAAUAACAGCCACAUAAAAAAUGUUUGGACUACAUGAAGUGUAUUGUGCUAAGAAACGGCAGCAUUUCCCACCUCCCUGGCAGGUAACAGCAAAAGCUGUUAUCUACCACCUAUCCUGGUGGGCGGACGCCAGCCCACCAGGAUAGGUGGGCCGUUAUCUGCCCCGACAGUGCGAUCAUGGUGUAAUAGCACAUAAAAUGCGUGAUAAAGGAAUAACAGGAAAAGUUGGCAGAUGGAUCUGUAACUUCCUAACAAACAGAACACAAAAAAUAAUAGUAAACAGAGUAAAGUCAGAGGCGGAUACAGUGAAAAACUCUGCCCUACAAAAUACAGUUCUCGCUCCCAUCCUGUUCCUCAUCCUCAUAUCUGAUAUAGAGAGAUGUAAGCCACAGCACCGUGUCCUUUGCGGAUGACGCCCGGAAUCUGCAAGAGUGUCAUCCGUCGAAGACACUGCAAGUCUCCAAAGCGGACAUCAACCAGAUCUUUAAGUGGGUCACAGAAAACAAUAUGAAGUUCAGUGAAGACAAAUUUCAAUUACUCGUCUAUGAAAACUCGAGGAAAUUAAAACUGUAUCGAAGUAUUAAACAAAUUCCAACCACACAAUAGAGCGAAAAAACUAAUGUGAAGGACCUGGUAGUGAUAAUGUCAGAGAAUAUCACUUUCAAAGAUAACAAUGUAUCUACCACAACUGCUAGGAAAAUGAUAGGAUGGAUAAUGAGAACCUUCAAAACUAGUGAUGCCAAGCCCAUUUUGAUUCUCUUCAUAUCGCUUGUUCUCUCUAGGCUCGAAUAUUGCUGUACACUAACUGCCCCUUUCAAGGCAGGCAAAACUGCUGACCUGGAGAAUGUACCGAGAACUUUCAGGGCACGCAUAAGUACGAUAAAACAUCUGAAUUACUAAGAAUGGUUGAAGUUCCUUGAAUUGUAUUCCCUGGAAUGCAGGCGAGAAAGAUACAUGAUAAUAUACACUUGGAAAAUCCUGGAGGAACUAGUCCCAAAUCUGCACACGAAAAUCAUUCCCUACGAAAGCAAAAGACUUCGCAGAUGCAACAUCCAGCGAAUGAAAAGUAGGGAGGGUCACGAAUACGGUAAGAGACAACACAAUAAGUGACAGGGGUCCAAGACUGUUCAACUGCCUCCCAAUAUACAUAAGGGGGAUUACCAGUGGAUCCCUGGCUAUCUACAAGAAGGCACUGGACAGGCACCUAAAGUCAGUACCUGACCAACCGGGCUGUGACCUGUACGUGAGUUGACGUGCGGCCAGCAAUAACAACCUGUUGGUCAGGCCCUCGAUCCACCAUGAAGCCUGGUCACGGACCGGGCCGUGGGGGCGUUGACCUCCGAAACCCCCUUCAGGUAUUACCUGGAGUUUACCUGGAGAGAGUUCCGGGGGUCAACGCCCCCGCAGCUCGGUCUGUGACCAGGCCUCCUGGUGGAUCAGAGCCUGAUCAACCAGACUGUUACUGCUGGCUGCACGCAAACUAACGUACGAGCCACAGCCCGGCUGGUCAGGAACCGACUUUAGGUGCUUGUCCAGUGCCAGCUUGAAGACUGCCAGGGGUCUGUUGGUAAUCCCCCUUAUGUAUGCUGGGAGGCAGUUGAACAGUCUCGGGCCCCUGACACUUAUUGUAUGGUCUCUUAACGUGCUAGUGACACCCCUGCUUUUCAUUGGGGGGAUGUUGCAUCGUCUGCCAAGUCUUUUGCUUUCGUAGUGAGUGAUUUUCGUGUGCAAGUUCGGUACUAGUCCCUCUAGGAUUUUCCAGGUGUAUAUAAUCAUGUAUCUCUCCCGCCUGCGUUCCAGGGAAUUCAAGUUUAAGAACCUCAAGCACUCCCAGUAAUUGAGGUGUUUUAUCUCCGUUAUGCGCGCCGUGAAGGUUCUCUGUACAUUUUCUAGGUCAGCAAUUUCACCUGCCUUGAAAGGUGCUGUUAGUGUGCAGCAAUAUUCCAGCCUAGAUAGAACAAGUGACCUGAAGAGUGUCAUCAUGGAUCCAUUAUCUAUCACAAUGAAACGUGUCAAGUUAAACACAUCUAUGGGGAAACUAACAAGACCAGUAGAUUGCAAGAUGGUGUUACUACUAGACUAAGGCUAGGCUAUAAGUAUCUCUGGCAGUACUGUUUUUGUAUGGAGAUCCAAUGACAAAAUACAAAGUGUGUGGAUAGAGACAGGGCCAUACACUGCAGCAUUAUAGAAUAAUAAUAUCUUUAUUUACUACAUGUACAUGUACAAAGUAUACAAGUCUAGCUGACAUCAAUGACAUACUACUAUAUAGAAAUCCGCUUCUUAUGCAGAGCAUUUCGGGCAAAUUAAGUUAAUUUUGUCCCAGGAUGCGACCCACACCAGUCGACUAACAACAUUCAAACAUCCAACGUUUCUGACACACCUUUCACGAUAUAACAAAACACUUCAUUGUUGAUGAUAAGAUAUCUGAUAUCUCGAGGCUGUAUCCGCAUUUCGCAUCUACUAGAUGACAAGUGAUUUUUAUUGCAAUCCAGCAGUAACCAAUGUUUUUAUAGUUAACAAGAUGCCAUUUUUUAAAUUUCCAUAAUGUAUUGUGUACAUUAAAUAUAUGAAGUAAAUGUAAUAUAUGAAAAUAAAUAUUUCUUUUUAUUUUCCUCAUAAAGACCCAUUGUGAUCUCUAAUUCCGUAUUUUUUUUCCGCUAUCACUCGCAGGAUGAACAUGGAGGGCUUAAUAAACAAGCCGUUCAGGAGGUACAACGAAACAAGGAUCUAUUUUAUUCUUAGUGUAAACUGGAUCGCCGGUUCAACUGCGUCGAGCCUUGCCUGAAGAUUCCGUACAUCAAAACCUGGACAAUAUUCCUGAUGCUACAGUACCUGGCAAUAUUCCUGUUACUACAGUACCUGAUAAUAUUCCUGGUACUACAAACUACUACCAGCACUUGUCCUCACUCCCACAUACACUACACAUCUUUGUAGUCUUCCAUGCUCUACGUAUUGUAAUAUCAUUAAUAUGUUCAGGGGAGAACGCUAAACCUACGGGGUCAUGCAGCACCUUGGAGAGGGAGACAAUCAUAUCUCAGUCAGGGGGAACGCAAGUCCCAUUUCUUGGAUCAAGAGCUCCUCACCAGCAUCAAGGCACCCUCCCCCCACCUGCCUUGAUGCUAUAACUCAUACAUACAGUAUACCGAGCAUUUUGGGAAAAUUAGGUCAAUUUUGUCCUCAGGAUGCGAUCCACACCAGUCCACUAACACCCAGGUACCUAUUUCACUGCUUGAUGAACAUGGACAGCAGGUUGUUUCCUUUACCGGGGAUCGAACUCCGGACCUCAGUGUGUGAGCUGAAUACGCUACCAACCGAGUAACGGGACACUGAGCAUUGUCACAUCACUAUUCUUCAAAAAAACCAUAAUGGAAAUGUAUCUGACAUUUUUGGGGGUUAUCCUAGGUAAUUUACACAUAUGUUACUAUGCAAUACAAUUGUAAUAAUCCAAAAAUUGUGUAAACUUGCGCCUAAAUAAACUUAUUGAGUCAUUACCCUUAUAUGUGAGACAACAAGAACAGGCUUUUCUGGGGCCUAUGAGUUGAAGCAUGGCGUCCCGACUCUCCUACCCGCCAGCGGACAAUGAAUAAUUAAGGACAAACGUUGCAGGAAAAGAAAGGAGGGGACAUUCGUCACUGUUACUCAAGGCAUGGGGGUUGGGCGAAACGUCCCCAGUUAGUACUCCAACAGCGGCACAGAAGCCGCAAACUUUGUUCAAAGUGUGAACCUCACGUCAGACUCCAUCAUCUUUGACGUUGUUUAUAGCAGGCGGGAAUACCAACCACAACGCUUCAUUUACAUUGAAUAUACGAAACUUAAAAAUUGUUAUUUAUGUAUUUAUCCGUGCAGCUUCAUAGAGUAUUUAAUGUUUAUAUAAUACAUAUAUACAGUUUUUCUUUU